GGUGGCCCCGGCGGCCGCGGGCACCGCGCGGUGCCUCGGCGCGGCUUCUGCCGGGUGUGCCCCGGCCGUGGGCCCUUUCUGCGGGAAACCUGCGGAGCGCCGUGCGCCGCGGGGGGCCGCCCCCGAGGCCGGAGGAAACGCGGAGAGCGUGUGCCCGGCCCCGCGGGUGCGGAACGGCCCGUGCUGGGGGUCCCGACGGUGCCCCUCGCAGAAGGCGCGGGUAAGCAGCGCGCAGGCGGCAGCUACCCAGCCCCGAGCGGCCGGUGACGGGGGCCGGUGUAGCACGGCACGGAGCAGGCGCUGCUGGCUGCGGGCGGGAGAGCCCGUGCUCACUUUUCUCUCAUGGCAAGCCUCCGAAUGAUUUCAUUUCCACAGAGUUGUGUAACGAGGUAGCCAACCCGGCGUGCCCAUCUCACGGUAAUACCAGUGACGUACCUGCUUUCCACGGCUUUCCUCGUUUAACUGCCCCUUGGGAUCAGCUGGUUGUCAGCAUGCCUUCUACCAAGAACACCUCAAAACUUUUCCUGGUCCUCGUUUCAUUGCUGCUGGUGCUGCCAGCUGUUGAAGCCCUGGAUGCAGGAGAUACCAUCGCCUUCCUGCUAGGCCUAGGUGUCAGUGUCAUCGGAUUCUGUGCCUGCCUUGGCUUUUAUGCAAGGAAAAGGAAUGGGCAGCAGUGAUUUCAAGAAGAUGCUCAGAUGAAGUGAAUUUCCAAACAUGGCUUGGGGUUGAGAUCUGGGGUGUAAGACGGAGCUUUGGUUCUAGAUAACUUUGAAAAACCACAUAGUAGAUAUUUCUGCAAACCCCUCUUUCUGGGCAGUACAACAGCAUCAAGAUUGUACCCAGUAAAAGGGAUUUGUAGGAUCUGUCCUCAUGACAGUAAGAUGAUUUUAUAUAGCUUUUGAUUAAAUACUGCCUUAGAGAACGGUAGGAAUUAUUUGAAUGGGGAAGAGAAACCAUAGAGUGGUUCACAGUAAAUGUCUGUAAAUGGAACGUGAGGAAGACCGUCAACAAGUUCCACAAUUUUGGUUUCAAGGGUUAAUCAGGAGAAAGCAACUGUUAAUCUUCCAGUCAGGGUGACAGAGCACUGGAAGUACUCCUAACUAGAUAGCUAGGGAGCAGACUGAGCCUGCGUUGACUUGUGUGCGUGUGCUCAUGCUUUGUUAUGUUAUGAGUUAACAUCUAACACCUCACUUCUGUUGCCACAGGGAUGAGACUUCAGAGAACUAAGAAAACAUGGAAAAAUGGGGUUUCUUACGUAUUUUUAUUGUAGAAUGUGCCUCUCCUCUAGCCUGUGUUCUUGUUACCAAGUAAAUACACUUAAGAAUGGGGCCACUAUAUUUCCUUAACAUGUAUUUCACAGAAAAGUACAUGUAAGGCUAGGUAAAUCACAUCAGGGACAUGUUGUUGUCUCUUGUUUAUUUUUUUGUACCCGGCUUUCCUUUAGGCACACCAGUUUUAAGGCAUAUUUAAUCUGGUAUUUGCAUUUUUUUCCCCAAAACUGAAGACUUACUUGUUUUAAUGAGGAAUUAUGUGUAGUAUUUCUGCUUUAGGGAGUUCCUGGAAUUAUAACAGGGCAGUUGUGCACAUGUUUCUUUUGCAAUAUGGAAAUAACAUGUUUUUUUAAAAUCCUGGUUUUAGUCAAUGGUCCAUUGUUCUCCAGUGUCUUCCUCAUGACAAAUUUGUGUUGCUAGCUAAACAUGUAGGCUUCUUACCUAACUGAUGUAUAUGAGUUCCACAAAGAUUCAGACCAAAACCAAAGUAAAAAAAUCCUGAUACAAAAUGGCAGGUGUAAAUUUUAUUCAUGCUCAGUCAGAUUGUAUGUAUGUGGUUGACAAACUCUACUCAGUAGCAUAUUCGGGACUAGUUUCUUUAAAUACCAAAGGUGAAAUGGCACAGCCAGGAAUGUCUACCUGUGGCAGAUUCCUCUGGCUUGUUAGGGAGUUCUAGCUGUCCACUUGAGACAAGGAGCAUAAUCUAACAGCAGCAGAAUAAAGGAGCAUAGGAAGAUGAGCUCUCCACAGUUCAGAGAAUUUCCCUCUGGUCUUGUGCUGUGGACACUGCCACAUUUGCUAGAAAUCUUGUCUUCUUAACUUUCAGAGCUGGGGAAAAAGGUUAAAUGUGAUGCAGAACAAUAUAUUUUGAUACUGUUCUUCCCCUUCCUCUCUAAGUGUCUCUUUUCAGUAGAGCACAAAGCAAUGGCUAGAAGAGUUGUCUGGCAGGUCUUAUAUAAAGUAAUUGUGUGGGCAGAUGAUGUUCUCCAAAUUCAAGUAUGCCAUUUGUAGCUGCUUUGACUUGUCUCUCCAAUCUCUGAGGAGGCACAAGCCCUGGUUAUUUCAGUCUUGCAAUUUAUGUCCCACUCUCAUCAUAGAUAGAGGGAGAAAGGUAGAACAAAAGGUUUCAAAAUUGCAUGGGACUGAAACUGUAGGACUAACCCAGCAAGCCACAGGAACCUAGGUUUCUGCUCUCAAGUUACAGGAACAAUAACAAUUACUCUGAUGAGAUGCAGUCUUUCCAGGUAGCUGUUCUUGAACGCUUUCUGUGGCCUCCAAAAGUCAGAAAGGGACAUGACGCACAAUUACUAGGUACAAAUGAAAUCUACAUCCGUAAGAGGAGCUUCAGAGAGUAGUGUCAUGUUUGAAAGCUGCCUAGCAGCAGUAGAUGAAGCUGUAUGUGAUUAUUCGACUGGAUGGAUAGAAACACAUCGUGUGAUCUUCCAUGUUGCAGCUUGGCUAAACCAUCACCCUUAAAAAAAAACAAAACCAACAAACAAACCACAAAAUCACCACUCAGUUCCCUUUAUAAUUUCCAAAAUUAGUUAACUUUGCCAGUUUUUCAGUAGAAUAUUAACUAACUGUGCUUUCAAUAGAAUAAAUUUUAUUGCAAGCAGCUUUUCACAGACUCCUUUAUCUUCACAUUGGAAAAGAUCCCCAGCAAUAGUUUUUACAGAAUUGUGCAACAGUUUCACUGCAGGAGAAGAAAAUUUUAGCAGAUUAAUUUGCGUCGUGCAAUAGAUACGAGGAACUGUGGUGUUUGCCCAGAGCUGUAUGUACUUCAUUGCAAGGUGUCCGCACAGCAUAAUGGCGUUUUCUGGUUCUGAGAGAAGCUUUGUUGUUAAGACUUGCAUUUGUUCAUGACUUUAGCGUAAAAUCUGAUACCCCUGUUUUCCUUCUGUCUUAAUAAAUUUUGACAUGAUUUGUCAUCA